GGAAAAAGUGUGCCAUGACCAAAGAAAGCCUGGAGGCGCCUGAGGGCGACAACGGAGACGUGCAUGACGGCGAGGAGCCCCAAAUGGAGGCUUCCACAGGCGGCCCUCACCGUGAAGACACCACCGUGACGACAGUGUGCACUCAUCCCUCCGAAUUCACGGGAGCCUCAGGCCCGACACCUGAUUGCCUUUCCUACGGUCCAUGGCCAGUCCAGCCCCAGCCCCCAAACGAGGGCUGCGGCGCCUUCCUUCCACUAUUCCGCUCACUGGAGACGUUUCAAAAGCCCCAUGGGGAUGUGCAGCUGUUCAACCGGAGCUUCACCGUCGUGACGAUUGUUGAGGAGGCAGCCGACAACGAGGAGGGCAAGGGCGGCGACACGAAGGAAGACAGGCGUGUUGAGAGACGGGAGGGAUCUCUUCUCAAGCUCAUGGAAGAAGGUAAGGCGUCCAUAGUACUGGCUGGUAGACUGUUGUUCUUGUGUCAUUCAUGCAGGGUUUCGCGUGGCAGCGGGAUACCCUGCGGCUUAUCAGGAGUUCCCAACGCAGCUGAGAUACGAACAGGUCGACGGAGAACAAGAAGUGCUUGUGGGAGCGGAAUUUCAGCCUGAGCGAUUCCUUCUCACUCUCCGCCGCGUGGCGUGGGUCAUCUUGCGGCAAGUGGGUUAUGCCCUGACGCUGGCGACACUGUGGGCUGGGCUCUUCACGCUCAUGUGGCUCUCGUGCGAGGACGAGGACGGGGACUGGGACGGGGCAAACCGCACGGCCUACAUCGUCAUGGAUUUCAUCAGACGCGCCCUGGCCAUCUUCGCGUACGCUGCCCUGCAAAUGAUCACUAUCGAAGGCGCUGACGGCCGUGGGAUCAUGCGCCGGCUGCGCAGCAGCUCGGGCCAUUACGUGAUCCCUCUUGCCUGUUCCCUCACGGUGGGCGUGGCUUAUUUCUCAGGCCUGCCCUUUCACGCUCACGGCAUCUUCGGCCCUCUCAUGAUCAUCUUCAUCGGCCAUGUCGCGCCUUUCGGUGUGUAUCGGCAGGCGGCGGAGAGCAUGGACAGCGUCAACAGGAACAACAUAUACGCCCUUCAGGCGACAUUCAUCUGGCUGUUGACUCUCGGAAUAAUGUCGCUUUGGCUUGGUAUCAUGCUGCCCAUUGGAUUGAACGCUGAGAGUGACGGCCAAAGGAUUAAGAUUGCGCUCAUCUGUCUCGCCGUUGGCAAGCCCUUUCUCUCUCUAGGUGAGCUGAAGCAAGGAGGCGUCCGUCUUCUUGCAUAUAAGCAAUUUCUGCGUCUCGCUUUCCUCAGUAACGAAUACGUCUCGAUUUCUCAAGGUGAGAUCCGAGAAGGCAGCAUGAUCGACCAAGUCCAUUGCACCGCUGUCUCUCGGGUGCAUGUGUGUCUGUCGCGAAGGAUGGCCCGUCGACGAACACCUCGCCUUUCAUCUUUGUCGCCGUGAUCGGCUACCUGCUCGUGCCCCGUAUCCUGCAGGCAAAAAUGAUGAAGCUCAGCACAAAGGUGCUGUUCUCCUUUCUCUUCGCCAGCCUCGACCUGCUGGCUGACAUCCUUCUCCCGUACGGCGACCUCAUCUGCAUGGCAAUCGGCCGCUGGUUCGCAUCUCAGACAUCCCAACAAACGCUGUUCCACCCCUUUCAUCGCAUCAGAGCGGCCAGGCAACCCUCUGAUCAAAAGCAUGGAUUCAGCGACAUCGGAAUCGACGGACUAGACGAGGAUCCUCAGGCAAAGGCCGUGUCUCGAAACAUGAUCACAUUGUCGCCUGCAGACAUACCCCCUCAGCAGCUGGCGGGGCGCAGCUCCUCAAGCAUCAUCUCUGGCGACCAACCUGUGAGGCCCGGUCUCUCGCUGGAAAGCACGUCGUCCCGGCGGUCCAGUGAUGGUCGGGUUAUGAAGCGCGACCUGUCAUUAAGAAGCACAAUGUCUUCAAUCGCCUCCGACCCCCGUAGCAUUUAUGUGAUGUGUGACGUGCAUCCCCGAUACUUGCGAGGUGAGCAAGCCGCUGCUUUCAUCCAGACGUGCCUCGCAUCUGUGUGGUUGUCUUUGUCCUGCCUGCAGCCAUAAGCGACCAGAUACAUGGGUUCAACCUGAGUCAGCUGACGGUGCUCAUACUGCUGAACCUGCUGCAACUCACCUUGGAGCAGAUCAUACAGCCGUCGUUUGGCAGGCUGGCGGAGCGGCUUUGGUUUCUCUUUGGUUCAGUGGAUGACAAGAGUGAACAACCUGCCAUUGCUGAAGGUGCAAAGACAUGCAGACGAUCUCGCACAUGACACGUGAUGGCUGGUCACCUCUCCCUGGCUCUUUUGCAGAGCGAGGAGGAGCCAAGGGUGGCCCUCACCCGCGUGGUGUCGCUCUUCUUGAGCUGCCUCGUGCUCUUCUCCUCGCUGUUCCCUUGGAUUUUUCUAUUCCUCCUUCGCUCCCUGGACGACCAGCAUUUCGACAAGAGCAUUGACGAGAUCUGUCCCUACUAUAGCCAAAGAUAUAGCAGAUACGUCGACAACGACAGGCUGUGAGCGAUGCGUCGUGUGCCAUCUGUCGUCGGUUUUGUCCCUGUUUGUGAGCAGUUUUGCCUGUGAGGCCUGUGAGACCGUAAGCCAUGUAUGCAUGUGACUUGGGGACGAUGCAAUUCGUCACCCGUGCUCUACUGCAUCUUAUCCGCCGCCAGCCGCUCUGCC